AUCGCUUUUCCCGGUCUUUCUUCUCGAUCUUCGCUAAGGUGUUCUUUGUCUAUUCGUCUCGAAUUGGACACAUCUGGCUGCGCUCACUUGCCUCUCGGAUAUUUAUAAACAGCUCCCCGGUCCUCAUCAAACCCCGCCGCCAUGUCAACAUCCGCUCGCAGACGUCUUAUGCGCGAUUUCAAGCGUAUGCAAACCGAUCCUCCUGCUGGCGUUUCUGCGUCGCCCGUAGCAGACAAUGUCAUGACAUGGAAUGCCGUCAUUAUCGGUCCUGCUGACACCCCGUUCGAGGAUGGUACCUUCCGUCUGGUCAUGCAUUUCGAAGAACAAUACCCGAACAAGCCUCCAGGUGUCAAAUUCAUUAGCCAGAUGUUCCACCCCAAUGUAUACGGCACGGGUGAACUGUGUUUAGACAUUCUCCAAAACCGCUGGAGUCCUACCUAUGAUGUGGCGGCUAUCCUUACUAGCAUUCAGAGUUUACUGAAUGACCCGAAUACAUCGUCCCCUGCAAACGUGGAAGCGUCGAACCUCUACAAAGACAACCGAAAGGAAUACGUCAAACGUGUACGCGAGACCGUCGAGAAGAGCUGGGAAGACUAGCGGGCCGUCUCUUGCAGAUGGUACCCGUCUUUCCUGUUUUCCUAUUUUCUCUUAUUUCCUUGGGUCUAUGGGUUUCUUUCUUUCCUUCACCCACGAAGCAGUGCUCUCCGUUUACCCGUCAUGAACUUUCUUCGCAUAAUGACCGAGGCCUUGGUUUAUGACGGUAUGACUUUCUGAAUGUCUAUAAGUUUCUCGGGGGAUUCGCCGUGUCGGAUGGUAUGCACAGCGCGGGGUUCAGGCGCCUGGUGAAUUGCUUUGGAGUAAUAUCUACUGGUAUGCUUUGUUGCUUUGUAGAUAGUUUGCAUUUGUGUGAUAUUUUCUGCUAUAUAUUAUGAAAUGCAUAAUGAACUGUAUUGUCUUG